GGAAGAAGAAGAAUGUCCAUCAGAGGAAACAGACAUCAUCUCAAAAGGGGACUUUCCAUUGGAGGAAAGCUUUUCCACAGAAUUUGGGCCUGAAAAUCUGAGCUGUGAAGAAGUGGAAUACUUUUGUAACAAAGAACCAUUUCUUGAUGCUACACACUCACAGCAAUACAUAUUAGAGCUGGCUGGAGAGGAGGAGUUUUUAAAUCUGUUUGAAGACAUCCCAUUUUCCAUCUUUAUCAGGAAAUAUAUCCUUUAGUGCAUUGUAUAGCACCUACCUUAUGUUGUGGGAUUACAUUAAAGAAGGAACCAGUAGCUAGUGAUGAUGAAGGAGUCCAGGAGACAGCAGAAUCAGAUGGGGACACACAGUCAGAGAAACCGGGGCAACCUGGAGUUGAGAUAGACGACUGGGAUGGACCAGGAGAGCUGGAGGUGUUUCAGAAAGACGGAGAACGAAAAAUUCAGAGUCGGCAGCAACUUCCAGUGGGAACUACCUGGGGGCCGUUCGCUGGGAAGAUGGACCUGAAUAAUAAUUCCUUGAAGACAAAGGCUCAGGUGCCCAUGGUGCUGACUGCUGGUCCCAAGUGGCUCCUGGAUGUGACUUGGCAAGGAGUGGAAGACAACAAAAACAACUGCAUUGUGUACAGCAAAGGGGGUCAGCUUUGGUGCACGACUACGAAGGCCAUCUCUGAGGGUGAAGAGCUAAUUGCCUUUGUGGUGGAUUUUGACUCAAGGCUACAAGCUGCCAGUCAGAUGACUCUUACAGAAGGGAUGUACCCGGCGCGCCUGCUGGACUCAAUUCAGCUGCUCCCUCAGCAAGCUGCCAUGGCUUCUAUUUUGCCUACAGCUAUUGUCAAUAAGGAUAUAUUCCCUUGCAAGUCCUGUGGCAUCUGGUAUCGGAGUGAGCGGAAUCUGCAAGCCCAUUUGAUGUACUAUUGCAGUGGGAGACAAAGAGAAACUGCUCCAGUGUCAGAGGAAAACGAAGACAGCACUCCUCAGAUUUCCAGUAUGUGCCCCUUCCCACAGUGCACCAAGAGCUUUUCAAAUGCCCGAGCUCUAGAAAUGCACAUGAACUCACACAGUGGAGUGAAAAUGGAAGAAUUCCUCCCCCCUGGUGCUAGUCUAAAAUGCACCGUCUGUAGCUACACUGCUGAUUCUGUGAUCAACUUUCACCAACACCUGUUCUCCCAUCUCACUCAAGCUGCCUUCCGAUGCAAUCACUGCCACUUCGGCUUCCAGACUCAGAGGGAGUUAUUGCAGCACCAGGAGCUCCAUGUCCCUGGCAGCAAACUGCCCAGAGAAAGUGACAUGGAACACUCUCCAAGUGGAACCGAAGACAGCUUACAGCCAGCCACAGACCUGCUGACCAGAAGUGAACUCCCCCAGAGCCAAAAGGCCAUGCAGACUAAAGAUGCGAGCUCUGACACGGAGCUGGACAAGUGUGAGAAAAAGACUCAGCUCUUUCUCACUAACCAGAGACCCGAAAUUCAGUCUGCAACAAAUAAACAAAGCUUUUCUUACACAAAAAUAAAGUCUGAGCCCUCUAGUCCAAGACUUGCCUCAUCUCCAGUUCAGCCUAAUAUUGGGCCUUCUUUCCCCGUGGGACCCUUUCUAUCUCAGUUUGCUUUUCCCCAAGAUAUCACAAUAGUCCCUCAAGCUUCAGAGAUCUUAGCCAAGAUGUCUGAACUGGUACAUCGGCGACUGAGGCACGGAAGUAGUAGCUACCCUCCCGUCAUUUACAGCCCCUUGAUGCCCAAAGGGGCUACCUGUUUUGAGUGUAACAUAACAUUCAAUAAUUUGGAUAAUUAUCUAGUGCACAAAAAACAUUACUGCAGCAGCCGAUGGCAGCAGAUGGCCAAGUCCCCAGAGUUCCCUGGUGUUUCAGAAAAGAUGCCUGAGGCCGUGAGUCCCAACACUGGCCAAACCUCCAUAAACCUUCUCAAUCCAGCCGCUCAUUCUGCUGAUCCCGAGAAUCCACUUCUUCAAACACCCUGCAUCAAUUCUUCCACUGUUUUAGAUUUAAUUGGGCCAAAUGGGAAGGGCCACGACAAGGACUUUUCCAUUCAAGCUAAGAAGCUCUCCACCCCCAACAGCAAUGAUGAUAAAAUUAAUGGAAAACCUGUUGAUGUGAAAAAUCCCAGUGUCCCCUUAGUGGAUGGGGAAAGUGACCCAAAUAAGACUACCUGUGAAGCUUGCAACAUUACUUUCAGCCGGCACGAAACAUACAUGGUCCACAAACAGUAUUACUGUGCUACGCGCCACGACCCUCCGCUCAAGAGGUCAGCUUCCAACAAAGUGCCUGCCGUGCAGAGAACCAUGCGUACGCGCAAGCGCAGGAAGAUGUAUGAGAUGUGUCUUCCUGAACAGGAGCAAAGGCCUCCGCUAGUCCAACAGCGAUUUCUCGACGUAGCCAACCUCAGCAAUCCUUGUACCUCCACUCAAGAACCCACGGAAGGGCUGGGAGAGUGCUACCAUCCAAGAUGUGAUAUCUUUCCAGGAAUUGUCUCAAAGCACUUGGAAACGUCCCUCACGAUUAACAAGUGUGUUCCGGUUUCCAAAUGUGACACUACUCAUUCCAGUGUUUCCUGCCUAGAGAUGGACGUGCCCAUAGAUCUCAGCAAAAAGUGUUUAUCCCAGUCUGAGCGGACGACUGCAUCUCCCAAAAGGCUGCUGGACUACCACGAGUGCACUGUGUGUAAGAUCAGUUUCAACAAGGUAGAAAACUACCUGGCCCACAAGCAGAAUUUCUGCCCAGUCACUGCACACCAGCGUAAUGACCUGGCUCCGCUCGACAGCAAAGUGUUUCCGAAUCCAGAAAGCGAACGAAACAGCCCCGAUGUCAGCUAUGAAAGAAGCAUCAUAAAAUGUGAGAAAAAUGGGAAUCUGAAGCAGCCUUCCCCCAACGGAAACUUAUUUUCAUCCCACUUAGCAACCCUGCAGGGCCUGAAAGUCUUCAGUGAAGCCGCUCAGCUCAUUGCGACAAAAGAAGAAAACAAACAUUUGUUUCUUCCACAAUGCCUGUACCCUGGAGCAAUAAAGAAGGCAAAAGGAGCCGACCAGCUCUCUCCUUAUUAUGGAAUAAAGCCAAGUGAUUAUAUUUCUGGUUCUCUUGUCAUCCAUAACGCUGACGUGGACCAAAGCACAAACGCGGAAAAUGAAUCUCCCAAAAGCCAGGCUUCUUCCAAUGGGUGCGCUGUGCCGAAGAAAGAUUCCCUGCCGUUGUUGCCCAAGAAUCGAGGCAUGGUCAUAGUGAAUGGUGGACUGAAGCAAGACGAGCGCCCUGCCGCCAACCCACAGCAAGAGAACAUUGCCCAGAAUCCUCAGCAUGAAGACAGCCGCAAAUCUCCCUCCUGGAUCUCGGAGAACCCAUUAGCCACGAACGAGAACGUCUCCCCAGGAAUUCCCUCCACAGAGGACCAGUUGUCUAGUAUAGCUAAAGGUGUGAAUGGCUCCACCCAGGCUCCAACCAGUGGGAAAUAUUGCCGGCUGUGUGACAUCCAGUUCAACAACCUCUCAAACUUUAUAACUCACAAGAAGUUUUAUUGCUCCUCACAUGCAGCAGAACAUGUCAAAUGAAAUCACAAAAUAAAUAAACAUCACUCACCUUUGGUACCAGUGUUUAGUAUGUUGUUCUACCCAGUACAGAAAAAAAAAAAAAGCAAAAAAAAAAAAAAAAAAAGAAAGCUGUUUGAAUUACAUCUGGGCAAUCAGGAGACAAUUCAUUAUGGCUGAGUUGAAGACUUAAGGUGUAAUUUCAUUACAGUCCAUUAGUAAAGUGUAUUAUUGGUGCCAUUUUAAAAGAAAAUUAAUUUAUUUUACCAGCAGUAUUCAUAGCUGUGGUUAUGUUAUUUUUUAUUUAAAAACUUUAUAUUAAAGUCAUUUGUAAUGUUAUUGUAUAGUUAUUGUGUAGCAUAUAUGGUUUGCACUGUAUAGUAGCUUUUAAAGAAAAUAGUCACAAACAAUACAGAAAAGCAUUUUAGAAAUAGCUUCCAAAGCACUUGUGUAUCUUGAUUUCUUCUUAUAUGCUGUUGCAGAUAUAUGUAUAUGCUAAAAUAUAACUUGCAAAGAUGUUCUAAAUACACGUGCUAUAAGUUCGCCUUAAGAUUUCAGUUCUUGGAUAAUCAGGCUCCGUUUGCACUUUAUAUUUUAGCAGAUACAGUCUCUUAGUAACUAGGCUUUGCAUUUGUAUGUAGCCGUAUGUUUCUGUCCAUUUUCUUAAUCUGAAACAUGUAUGUUAAAUGAAGACGGCAAUUUUUUUCUUGUAUAGUACUUGUAUUUUCUUUCGCUGAUGCAGCUCUGUCUCAAUUUUUAAACUUUGCUGUUAAAUGCAAUACUUUAUAAGAAUGAACAAAAUUACUGGAAGCAGUAUUGUAAGUAAUGAGGUAGUAUUAAUCGGUUUUAUCUUUUGAAAGGCACAGUCUAAAUCGAAACCCUAAACUCAAUGCUGCAAGUAUGAAUUUAAUUCAUAUAUAAGAUCUAUUUAAAUAUAAGAGUAGCAAUACUGCACCUGGUGAUCACAAAGAUAAUGUUCUACUUCUGAUAGAAAUAAUUUCUCAACAAAUGUUGUUACUAUGCAUGUAUAUGGAUGGAAUAAAAUUCCAGAUUGUUGGAGAA